AAAAAGAUAAAUUGGAAAAACUAAAAUCAAACCCGACGCCAUUAACCCCAAAACAGAUCCCUCGCCGAGCGUUGCGCCGGACUCGACCCAAGCAGUUUCGGGUUCAACAUCGACGCUAACCAACCGGAGAUUGAACAAAUCGAGGAGCACGAAUGGGGAGGCUAAGACGCAGGAGAGGCUUAGACGUAGGAGAGGCUGUCGAAAUUGUGGUCGCCGCCGCGAAUUCAGAGCUGGAGAAGAGACUGACGAUGAUGAAGACGCAACGAACUUGACGCCGACGACAAGAGGCAGACGACGACGGGCUCAACCGGAAGAGGCUUUAUUAUCUUCCCGACAUCCGAAGUCUGCUCUUUAGCUAAAUUCGAAGCAUUUUUUUACCAUACUUGAUUGCGCCAACAGGACACUAUUUCACAAAUCAAUUCGACUUAAAAUUUACAAUUGGUUACUAAAAUGUGAAAUCAAAACUUUGGGUGAUUCUAUGGAUAGCAAGAAUCAUACGAAAAAGGAGAAGAAAACGGAGGAGGCGACUGAGUUUGGACCGGACAACUUUGAUGGUGGCAAUUGAAACAGAGAUCGUCGACGUUCAAAUCUGGCAAGAGAUGGAUGAAAGGGAGAUGGUCGGAGUUCUGUUUAUGCUUCUUCUCCUCUUCUCGCUUCCCUACCUCCUCGCAAUCAACGGCCCCGCCUGGGAGAAACAGGCCUGCUACGAGAACUGCUCGCAACUGGUAACGGUAGUCGGCGGCAGUGGGUCUUCUGGGAACAGGGGAGAAAGGCAGGGGAGUUAGGGGCGGGUCUUCUAGUAAUGGCAGCAGCCAAUAGCACAAGAAAAAGUGAGGGGCGGGGUUAGAGCGUAGAUUUUUCUUCUCUUUUUUCUUGUCAUUUUUCUUAUAUAUUACAAAAUAAAUAAUUUUUUUAUUGCCACAUCACUAUUUCAGUAGUCAAACUUAACUAUUGACUGCCGCGUAGAACAGAUUUAACAGAAAUGGACGGCGAGUGACCAAGGAUGACAUAAACGUUUAGUAUUAAU